AUGUCAUUAUCGUCAAACGGCUUCUCGCGGCGAGAGAAGACGAUGGCCGGUCUCUCCCAGACCUGCUUUGUGAUCCCGCUCUUUGACACGAUCUAUGACGCGACCGUCCAGGAGUACGAGCUGGCUCGAAAUGACCCCAAUAGCUAUACGCUGGGGCGCAUGGGCCGGUAUGAUGUGGUUCUGGUCCACAUGCCUGGGCCUGGCAAAGCUGCUGCAUCCAGCGUGGCCAGCCAUAUCAAACUAAGCUAUCCGGGCAUUGAGUUCGCCCUGUUGGUUGGAAUCUGUGGUGGAGUGCCCCGCAGAGGGGACGUGGGACCGACGCAACCCAGAGAAGAUAUAUUUCUGGGUGAUGUGAUCAUCAGCCAUGGGAUCAUCCAAUAUGAUCUGGGCAAGCGCCUCGACCACCGAUCCAUUCGCAAGAAUACGUUGGAGUGCAAUCUAAGCCGAUCGAGUCCGCGGAUCCGGUCAUUUGUCCGCCUAUUAAAGACAUGGGAUGACCGCUUAUCCGACGCACAACGCCAGUACCUUUGCACUAUACAAAACAAUGUCAGGCUGGAUAUACCAUAUCUUGGAACCGACAACGAUAUCCUGUUCAGACCUGACUAUAAGCAUCGCAGAACCUGUCAGUGCAUGCGAGGUGUUCCUGAGGACGAAAGCCACGUGGACCGUCGUCGCGGGGGUUCAGAUGAGACUCCCUAUAUCCCCUUUGGCCGGCUCGCCUCCGGGGAUACGGUGAUGAGCUCCGCCAAGGAUCGGGACAAGAUUGCUAGGCAUGAGCAGGUGCUUGGAUUUGAAAUGGAAGGGGCGGGGAUAUGGGACAAUCUUCCUUGUAUCCUAGUUAAAGGAGUAAGCGACUAUGCGGAUAGCCAUAAGAAUGACGCAUGGCAAUUCUACGCAGCAGCAAGUGCAGCGGCGUGCAUGCGUGCUCUUCUGGACCAAAGCCCCAUCUCGAAUGUGGCCCUACCGUCGGACCUGAGUCAGGAUUAUCUUGGUUCUGGUGCAAAUCUGCGGAAAAGAGGAGCAGAGCACUCUAUGGUCACCAAUGACACGCAACAGAAGGAGUAUCUCGAUUUAUUGACCUUUCCCCAAGCUCAGUAUCGCCUGAAUGAGAUCUUAGAUCCCCAUGAUACAACAUGCGCCUGGGUAUUGGAGCGAUCUGAAUUCAAGUCAUGGAUGAGCAGCGACGACUUGGUUGACCACGGAGGGUUUUUCUGGGUCAAGGGAAAGCCGGGAGCUGGAAAGUCGACGCUCAUGAAAUAUCUUUUUGCCAAUGCCAAGAAGUUUGAUCGGGAUUCGAUCAUCUCAUCUUUCUUCUUCCAUGCGCAAGGAGUGAACUUGGAGAGAUCAACUGUGGCAGAGAUCUUGAAUCAAGACGGUAGUAUCACUUGGACGACACGAGAUCUGAAAAACCUACUGUCAUCUGUGAUCCAAUCUUUGACCAAUCGUCACGUGUUCUUAUUUAUCGAUGCUCUGGACGAAUGUGAUCAAGACGAGAUGAGUGACAUGAUAGCGUUCCUCCAACACUUGGGAUACUCUUCGAACACAUGCGGAGUUAAUCUGAGAAUUUGUCUGGCAAGCAGACAUUAUCCUCAACUCAGUAUUGAACGUGGCAUUAAGAUGAUUCUGGAACACCAGCAAGAUCAUCAGGGCGACUUGCGGAAGUAUGUUGAGGUCAAGUUGAAAGGGGGCAAGUUAAAAAUGAUCCAGGAGAUCAAAGAGGAAAUCUGCGCCCGAGCAGCAGGUGUUUUCCUCUGGGUGACACUUGUGGUCCGCUCAUUGAACGAUGCAUUUGCCACCGGCAAAGUCCAUGCCGUGCGCCAACGACUGGACGAGAUCCCCGACGGGCUCGAUGAGCUUUUUGCUGAUAUGCUUACUAGAGACACUCACGAUAUCAAAGACCUGAUACUCUGCCUGCAGCUCAUUUUAUUCGCCCACCGUCGCUUGUCCCGGGAUGAGCUUUACUUCGCGGUCAUGUUUGCCAACUUCGACGUGGUCAAAAGAGAUGGCGAAGUGCACACGGACUCCAUCAUCGAGAAUUUCAUUCUCAAUGUCUCUAAAGGCCUCGUCGAAACUACCCGCGGCAAGUCACGCACGGUGCAUUUCAUUCACGAGUCGGUGCGCGAUUUCCUAUUGCGGCGAGACGGCUUUAGCAGACUGCAGGCCGGGCCGCGCAAGCACUCAGUCGGCGACGUCCACAGCCAUCUGGCACAGCUUUGCUUCAGAUAUAUGGGCCAAUUCAAGUCAGUGGCUGCGGAUGAUAUCCCAAGGCUUCAUGCUUAUCGGCGAACAGCGAAGAGGAAGUACAAGGAGACCGAAGCUCCCUUUCUCGAGUACGCAAUCCAUAGUCUCUUACCUCAUAGCAAUGCUGCUGAGGGUGCAGGUUCUCCACAGGCCGUCUUUCUUCAGUCAUUCGCGCUAUCAUUCCAUGAAUUUAAGGCCAUUCACAAUGCCCUCGAACCUUACCAUGCCCGCCGACAUAAGCCCAAGGUGACGGUCCUAUAUAUCCUGGCAGAGUUGAACUUGGACCACCUGGUCCGCCUCGAGCUAGAACGCACGCCACAGGAGUGGAUAGAAAUGGGAAGGUAUCAUAGUCCAAUGGGCGCGGCUGUCUACGCGGGUAACGUACGCUCGAUUCGAGCCUUACUGGGCUGUGGGACAACUGCAGAUGCCUCUACCGACAAUUCCUUGCUCGAGGCUGAAGUCAUUGAUCGUAUGAAGCAGUUUGUGGUGGACAGUAAGCAAAUCCGCAUGCGAUCAAAGCUUUCUAUGGUCUCGUUUCUAGUGGAGUACGCUAUUGAACGCGGCCAUGUAGCCAUACUGAAACUUCUCCAUGCCACUAGCAAAGUCAAUCUAAAUCAGGCGCUCAACUGUGGCCUAGUGCCGCUCAUCUAUGCGGUCACCUGUCGUAAGGCAGAGACUUUAGACUUUCUGCUCGGCGCUGCCGGGGUACAUCUGAACAAUCCAGAUAACAGAGAUAGAGCGCUGGCAAUUGCGGUCAAAGGUGGAAAACGGGACAUGGUCAAUGUACUGCUUUCCUACUCAUUCCAUCCUCACUUGAAGGAUUCUACCGGAGAGGGUGUCAUCCAUUGGGCGGUAACCGGAAAUGACGCGUCUAUACUGAGACGGUUGAUUGGACUGGGCUGUAACGUCGCGCAUCGCGAUAAGAGAGGACGAGAUGCCUUAUCGCAUGCCGCCGAACAAGGAAAAGUGGAGAUAUUGUGGAUUCUUAUCGAGAGCGGCAUGGUGGAUAUAGAUGGAAAGGACAAUACUGGAAGAACGGCUUUUUCAUGGGCAGCAGGACCGGACUCGCGAACGCUACAGCAAUUGUCUGAGCCAAAACAAAGUUGGGAUCAAUUGCAGAACCAGGUCAUGCUUGUGCUACUCAGUACGGGAAAGGUCGAUGUGAACUCCAAAGACAAUGACCAAUGGACCCCCUUGUUCUGGGCUGUUAGAGAAGACAAGCCUUUCGACAGGCAAAACCCUACUUUCAGUGGCCGCGAGAUACGGUUGUGA